AAUCAUAAAAGUGAUGGAGAGAUCCUAAUACCCUUCCAAUACCCCAGCAAAGACCCUUGCAGUGUUGUAGUAUUUCUAAUUUUCUACUCCACACUCAAAGUUCAAUCUUCCAAAAUUUCAUAACCCCAAAUUUUCAUUACAUCUAAGAUCUAACCAAACAUCAGUAAUGCUUCUCACUUCAACAACCUUUCUUCAGAAAACCCCUUUCUUCCUCAUCCACUCUUCAGUCCCUUCUGCUCUUAAGCCUCCUUCAUCUUCUCCUCACAGUUCCGCUUUCCUUCCAUUAAAACCAUUGCAAGUUUCAAACUUUACAUCCCAAGCCUCUUGUUGCUGCUCAGUACUCAGUAAUAGGCUGUUGGGUUUUUCUGGAUUGAGUAGAAAACAAAUGGGUAAAGAUUAUUUUCGGAUUUCAGUAGUUUCUGAUGAUGGGUCUGGCGGUUCUUCAGGUUUUAAUGGCGGAAAAGGGUUUGGUGGGUCUGGUGACGAUGGUGUUGGUGGUAAUGAUGGGAAUCGGUCUAAGUGGAGCUUGUUUUCCUGGUACAUGGAUCUUCUAGUGAAGUCUCCCGUAUUGACUAAAUCGGUGACUUCUGCGUUGUUAAACUUGAUUGGAGAUGUAAUCUGUCAGCUUGUUAUAGACAAAGUUCCAUCUCUGGAUUACAAAAGGACCUGCACGUUCACUUUUUUGGGGCUGGCAUUGGUGGGUCCAACACUGCAUUACUGGUACUUGUAUCUCAGUAAAUUAGUUACUAUGCCCGGAGCUUCUGGUGCUUUUGUGCGUCUUCUACUUGAUCAGUUCUUCUUUGCACCUAUUUUUAUCGGGACUUUUCUUUCUGCAUUGAUGACAUUGGAAGGAAGGCCUUCGCAAAUCGUCCCAAAGCUUAAACAGGAAUGGUUUGCAUCCGUGGUUGCUAACUGGAAACUGUGGAUACCAUUUCAGUUUCUUAACUUCCGUUUUGUCCCCCAGCAAUUCCAGGUUCUUGCCUCUAAUUUUGUUGCUGUAAUAUGGAAUGUGAUCCUAUCAUUCAAAGCUCAUACAGAGGUUGUUGCAAAAUAAGUCGAUCUGUUCACUCACCCACCCGUGUCAAAUUCUGUUCGAGUGGUUAAUACUACACUGAUCCCUCCAUAACAAUUUUCGAUGCUGGCCGAUAUCAAGCCUGGGCCCUGCAGGCAGCAAGCGAACAUAUGGCCUGGACGUUUUUGGUGUAGAGAGCUAUAAAGACAAAUGUAGAUUUGUAGCCGCUAAAUUCUAGAUCAUGGGACCAACCCAACAAGUUUUGUUUAGCUAAACAUCUAGCAUAAGUUACUUUCCUCAUUCUUGUAUGUCCGUGUCUUCUGCUAUCAUGGGUCAAUCGGAAACAACCUCUUUGUUAAUGGUAUCACUAGUAAUGAUAAGUUUGUGCACGCUCGACCCCUUCAAAUCCCAUUCUAGGUGAAAGCUAUUUACCGACAAAUAUGUUGUAUGGUGUGUUUGUUUUAUCAAUAUAUUUUGUCAAGAUAUUUAGGCUAAUAAAUUUUGACAAUUUAAGUUUGUAUUUGUUAGAAAAUAAUAUUAUAUGUUUCUUGUUUUA